UUUUAGACUUUUAGUUCGGGAUCUUUCUCACCGCGAAGAAUCUCUUAUCCCCUCGCAAUUAUCUCAUUCCCUUCAUCUGGUUUUUCUUUCACAGAUCUCUUAUGUCGUUAGGUUUCACACCACUUUCAAUUGCCACUCCCUCCUGAUUUCCAUUCCCUUCCUUCGUCUAUAUUUAAAUAUCCCGUAAUAUUUGCUCAAGAUUUUCUAUACAUGUCAAUUUGAUCAUUCGACCGAUUCCUCCGCCAUUAAGUUCCCGCUUAAUUGAAUUCCGGACGUUGUUCGUAAAAUUACGAUUACAAUUACAAUUAAAACUAAUAGGGAAAGCCCCGGGUGGUUACGGGAGCUGCUUCUCGUCUUCUCGAGCUGACCGGUGACUAAAUCACUCGUUGACUGUUGCCGUGAUUAAACGUGACAGUAUGGGUUCUCUACAAGGACCAGUUUUGUGCCCCUCUAUUCGAGCUAAAUUAGCAGGAUUUUGUAGUCUACCUAUGAUUGGACCAAUAAACCAUAGAUAUCUUAGAAGUGAAUUCUGGGGACUCAAGGAGCUCGGCGGCGGCAAAGCAAAGGCAAGAAUUCUCUCUUGCCAAGUAAAUGUGCGGAAGUGCAAGAGAGUGCACUGUAGUUUCAGCUCGUCCUCCAAUGGCAGCGGAAGCAUGGCAGAAAAUUUUAAUGAAAAGGAUGAAGAUUAUGUUAACUCUAGUGUGGUUGAAGCUGUUGAGGUGAAGAGUGGAAUUGAUGGCUUCAUGAUCAAAAUGAGGGAUGGAAGACACUUAAGAUGUGUCCAUAACAAUCCUCAUGGAGGACAUCUACCAGAUUAUGCUCCACAUCCUGCCAUUGUAUUAAAGAUGGAAGAUGGGACUGAUCUACUUCUCCCAAUAAUUGUUUUGGAAAUGCCUAGUGUGUUACUGAUGGCAGCAGUACGCAAUGUUCCAAUAGCUAGGCCUACUUUAUAUCAAGUAGUGAAGGAGAUGAUUGACAAGAUGGGUUAUGAAGUUAGACUCGUCAGGGUGACUAAAAGAGUUCAUGAGGCUUAUUUUGCUCAGUUAUAUCUUACCAAGGUUGGAAAUGAGGAAGAAUGUAUGAGCUUUGACCUUCGACCUUCGGAUGCUAUCAAUAUUGCAGUAAGAUGCAAGGUGCCGAUACAAGUCAACAAAUACUUAGCAUACAGUGAUGGGAUGAGAGUAAUUGAAUCUGGCAAACUCUCUGCCCAGUCCCCUGGUUCAGAUGGCCUUUUAUUUACUGAACUGGACCGGCCAAGUGGUCAGCCUUGUACUGAAACUGAGGAGUUUGGUCUUUUGCACAACAUGAUGCAGGCUGUUGUUGAAGAGCGCUACAAAGAUGCUGCUUUGUGGAGGGACAAACUCAACCAAUUCAGGGCUGGAAAAAACGUGAAUAAAACAUACUGGCUUUAAUAUGUACAUACUCCUAUACUAGAAAGUGGAUGGGAUUCGGUACAGCAGACAGCAGUCAUAUUUUUACCUGCCUUCUCUCACUCAACGCCUGUGAAUAUUUGUAUAUAUGGGACAUUAAUGCCAAUUUAAACUUAUUUAUGUAUUUUCGUUGUUGGCUUCAAUCCUUACGGGCUGUUAAUAUGCAUGUAAUGUGAGCCACCCGUGGAGCGCAGCUUCCUGCUUUUCACUGUUCCAAUGCCGUAUAAAUUUAGAAGAAUGGCUAGACAUGAUGCUGCUUAAUCAGUUUUUUGUUUCGUAUGGUUCGUGUUUAGCCUAUAUUCACUUCUUGAAAAGCCAAGGGAUUUAGUUUUUCUCCAUAAAUAAACGUGGUUUGGAUUU